AUGCCUCAAGUCACCCUCGACUUCGAUGCAAUUCUCUUUGACAUGGACGGCACCUUGGUCGAUUCGACCGAUGGUGUCGUCGGCGCAUGGGAGCACUUUAAGGAGAAGUAUCCCGGCCUGAACGUAGACCAAGUUCUCAGCAGCUCGCACGGAGUCCGCACCGUCGAGAAUCUCAAGCUCCACUGCAGCAUCACUGACCCCGACGAGCUCGAGAGAGAGGCCAGACGCUUCGAAGAGGCGAUUGUGGCCGAGUCCACCAAGAACGGCCGCCACGGCAUCGUCGCGCUGCCUGGUGUCAAAGCGAUCAUGGCAUUGAUCGGCGAGUUCCAUAAGCUGCCCAAGCCAAAGUGGGCGAUCUGCACGUCGGCGACGAUCGUCUACGCCACCGCUGCGCUCACGUCAGUCGGGAUCCCCAUUCCCGAAGCUUUCGUCGUCUCCGAGGACGUCGAGAAAGGCAAGCCCGAACCCGACCCCUACCUGCUUGGGGCGAAGCGCGCCGGGGUCGACCCCGCGCGCUGUCUCGUCGUCGAGGAUGCGCCGGCUGGGGUACGCAGCGGGCAGGCGGCGGGAUGCAAGACCCUCGGGUUGAUCACCUCGCACUCGCGCGAGCAGAUGGAGGAGGUCGCGCCCGACUACCUCGUGAAGAACCUCUCCAAGGUUACGAUGAAGCCCACGGAAGGUGGUGUCCAGGUCGUGAUUGACUUGGACUGA